UAACCAGAGAAGAUCUUUAACUUUCACAUCAGGAUUAAUAAAUUGGACUGCUUGGCUCCGAUGACCUGGAUUUGAGCUCAUGUGAGGAUUUAUUUUGCAACAGAAUGAUCUAAUUGCAAAGAAAUCAUCUUAUCGACUGCAUUUCUGGUCCGGACACCUCCUCUUUAAGGACGCAUCUUUCACUAAAUUACCAAUUAUCUAAAUCCUCUAAGACUGGGACUCCCUGAGGCAACAGAGCUAAAAAAAAUAGCUCCUUGACAAGGAAUCGUUGUGCUUUGAAAAAUGUGUUUUGCUGGGUCAAAGGUCGUGAAAUGAAUUGGAUGGCUUGAUUUACAGGAAACCUGACUAUAAAUUACUUCCAAGUUGCAAAAAAAAAGCAUCUCAGCAAGCUGGAAAGACCUCCGUGAUAGUCCUGGUGUUUUUUUUUUUACAGACUCUUUACAAUAAACCUUUUCUCACCAUGGAGACUUGCGUCUCCAGAAAUAAUCCAGAUUCCAGUAAACCAGAACGCCGAUCGAUUCUACAACGUCUCUCUAAUCGUUCUUCCUUUGCGUAUUCAGAUUUUUCAGCCGUAAUUAUUUAAUAUAUUUGGAAAAGGCUGGAAUAGAGACCGCUCUUCGUUGUUGGCUCUAUGCUGGUAUUUGAGCCGAGCGAUAUAAAGUGGGCUCUGUGGCCCACACUGGAACCUGACACCCUUCGGAUAAAAUGGAGAACAGUGGCUGUAUCCCUCUGUGCUGGAGCAAAGGAGCCUGCAUCUAUGCGCAGCAUCCUCUUCCAAAAUAUGACGGCCAGUUAGCCCCAGCAGGACCAUCGGAGUCAGGCAUGGCAUCGUCUUCCUACCUGGAGCCCAGCCUCAAUCACUCGGCAGCGGGUGGUUGUGGGGUUAAACCCCGGCCCGGGAUGCCUGGAGCUCCCGGCACUAGCGGCUCUGCCGGAGGCCUGGAGCGGCCUCCGGGGUCCAUGGACCGAGUUCUCAAAAUCUUCCAUUACUUCGAGACAAACAGUGAACCAAGCAACUGGGCGAGUAACAUCAGGCAUGGAGACGGUACGGAUGUCCGGGGUGUUAUCCAGAAGAUAGCAGAGAUCCACAAGCUACGCUGCGUGUCAUCUCUGGGCCUCCGGUUGACCCAUUUGCACUCUGAUGCUCUGCACUGGUUGCAUCCGGAUCUGGGCGUGUCUCAUGUCAGAGAGAGAUAUGAGAAACAGCAUCCACAGGAAGAGUGGCGGUACGAGCUGCGGAUACGGUACUUUCCUAAAGGUUAUCUCAGCCAUUUCUCUGAAGACAAACCUUCUCUCAACUACCUCUACCACCAGGUGAAAAGUGACUAUAUGCAACACUUAGCUGACCAGGUGGAUCAAGAUGUUGCACUGAAACUGGGCUGUUUGGAAAUCAGGAGGUUCUUCAGAGAGAUGCCAGGGAACGCUCUUGAUAAGAAGUCAAACUACGAGCUGCUAGAGAAAGAUGUGGGUUUGAGAAGGUUCUUCCCUAAAAGUCUGCUGGACUCCCUAAAGGCAAAGACUCUUCGUAAGCAGAUCCAGCAGACCUUCAAACAGUUUGCCAACCUCAACGACGAGCAGAGCAUCCACAAGUUCUUUGAGAUAAUCUCUCCCAUCUACCCCUUUGACAAGGAGUGCUUCAAAUGCGCGUUAGGGUCUAGUUGGGUAAUAUCAGUAGAGCUGGCCAUUGGACCAGAGGAAGGAAUCAGCUACCUCACAGAUAAGGGCUCAACUCCAACACACUUAGCUAAUUUUAACCAAGUCCAGUCCAUCCAAUACUCUGCUUUGGAGGAAAAGGACAGAAAAGGGAUGCUUCAGCUGAACGUCGCUGGAGCUCCAGAACCCCUCACUGUCACUACAGCAUUGCUGAAUACAGCAGAAAACAUGGCCGACUUGAUUGACGGUUACUGUCGUCUCGUCUCCUCGGUUACUCGCUCCUUCAUUGUUAGAGUUCAUAAAGAGGGAGACAGAGCUCUGCCUUCCAUACCAAAAGUGUCGAAUCAUGAGAAGCGGAUGGAGAAGCGGAUGGACGGCGUACGCACUCGGGCCGUUUGCGUGUCAGGUCACAUUAGCGGCGAUGAAACCGACGACUAUGCUGAGAUCAUAGACGAGGAGGACACCUACACCAUGCCUUCAAAGUACUAUGGACUAGACCAAGCACGGGACUACGAGAUUCAGCGGGAUUGCAUCGAGUUGGGCCGCUGCAUCGGUGAGGGUCAGUUCGGAGAUGUCCAUCAAGGAGUUUACAUCAGCCAAGAGAACCCAGCUCUAUCUGUGGCAGUGAAGACGUGUAAGAACUCGACGUCAGACAGCGUCAGGGAAAAAUUUCUGCAGGAAGCUUUGACCAUGCGUCAGUUUGACCAUCCUCACAUAGUGAAGCUGAUGGGAGUCAUCACGGAGAAUCCAGUGUGGCUCAUCAUGGAGCUGUGCACGCUCGGAGAGUUACGGUCAUUUCUCCAGGUCAGGAAGUACAGUCUGGACCUGGCCACUCUCAUUUUGUACUCUUACCAGCUCAGCACAGCACUGGCAUACCUGGAGAGCAAACGCUUCGUACACAGGGAUAUCGCCGCACGAAAUGUGUUGGUGUCCACAGUCGACUGUGUAAAGCUGGGGGACUUCGGCCUUUCCCGAUACAUGGAGGACAGCUCUUAUUAUAAAGCAUCUAAAGGUAAAUUGCCCAUUAAGUGGAUGGCUCCAGAAUCCAUCAACUUCAGACGGUUCACUACGGCCAGCGAUGUCUGGAUGUUUGGGGUCUGCAUGUGGGAGAUCCUGAUGUACGGCAUCAAGCCUUUCCAGGGCGUGAAGAACAACGACGUCAUCGGGAGGAUAGAGAACGGCGAGCGGCUGGCCAUGCCCCCUCAGUGCCCCCCUACUCUGUACAGCCUGAUGACGAAGUGUUGGUCGUACGAUCCCAGCAAAAGGCCACGCUUCAAUGAGCUGAAAACACAACUCAGCACGAUAUUGGAGGAGGAGAAGCUCCAGCAGAAAGAGAGGAGCAGGAUGGAGAUGAGGCGACAAGUCACCGUUUCCUGGGACUCAGGAGGGUCUGAUGAAGCUCCGCCUAAACCCAGCCGCCAUCCGUCCCUGCAGCCCACCUUCAGUCUGGAUUGUAUUUCUGCUCCAUCUCUUCAUCACUGCCAACCAAACCAGCGCUUUGCCUCCCAGCUUUCCCUCUGCAUUGGAAACGUUCAUCCAUCAUCUCCCUCCUCUUCCUCACACCCACACAUUCCUUCCCUCUCCUCGCUACCUCUGUAUUUCCCCCUUCGCUUUUUCUCCUCUGCCAGUUCUGAGCCUAACUCGCCUCCACUUCAACGAGCGUCGCUCUAUAACACCCCCUUGUCUCAGAAAAGCUCUAAUUUUAAUGCUGAAUUGAAAUGUCCUCCCGUGACGUUCCCCCAAACCCACGCCGAUGUCCGCUCUUCACCCGACACUCAACCAGCGAGCCCUUCCAGCGAUAGCCUCGAGAAAAAAGCCCCAACUUACAGCAGCCACCCCCAUCCUUGGCAUCCCCCUCCCCUCCUCUCCCAGUCCAAUCCAAACUUUAACCUGCUGCUUCCCGGCGCUCACCCCCACACCCAGACUAAUCCUACCGCCUCUCCAUCUUCUAAAGGAGCCGUGUCCAGACCCUACCAGCCGAGCAGACCCGGUUAUCCCAGCCCCCGCUCCAGUGAAGGUUUCUACCCCAGUCCACAGCAUCCUGGACACUACCAGAUGGCAGCAUAUCCAGGCCCACACACCCUCCCCUCUGUGCCCAGCGCCCUCUACCCUCCGCAGGCGGCUCUGGUGGACACGCACCACGCGCACACACACCCUCGCCACCACGUCCACACACACUCGCACACGCAGCUUCUCCCUCAGCCGCACGGGGCGGACAUGGCGCUCUGGGGCUCUGCAGUGGAGGACAGGGCAGUAGACAUGCAGCAGUGUGUAGGCCAGCAGUGCCUGUUAAUGGAGGAGCAGCUGAUGAUACAGCAGCAGCAGAUGGAGGAGGAUCAGAGGUGGCUGGAGCAGGAGGAGAAGCUGCUGAAACCAGACACAAGGAGCUCUAGAGGAAGUCUGGACAGAGACGAAGGUGGACUCCAGCCCCCAACAGGAAACCAGCACAUUUACCAGCCUGUUGGCAAAUCAGAGCAUGUGGUCCCCCCCAAAAAGCCUCCUCGACCGGGGGCCCAGAGCCAGGUGGGGGGUCUGGCCUGUCUAAACACUGGAGACAGCUACAACGACGGCGUCAAGCCCUGGCGGCUGCAGCCUCAGGAGAUCAGCCCGCCCCCCACCGCCAACCUGGACCGCUCCAAUGACAAAGUUUAUGAGAAUGUGACGGGAUUGGUCAAAGCUGUGAUCGAGAUGUCUAGCAAGAUUCAGCCAGCUCCUCCAGAAGAAUACGUCCCCAUGGUCAAGGAUGUGGGUCUGGCUCUGAGGACGUUGUUGGCCACGGUGGACGAGACGCUACCUCAGCUUCCAGCCAGCACGCACAGAGAGAUCGAGAUGGCCCAGAAGCUGCUGAACUCUGACCUGGCAGAGCUGAUUGGGAAGAUGAAGUUAGCCCAACAAUAUGUGAUGACAAGUCUCCAGCAAGACUACAAGAAGCAGAUGCUGACGGCGGCUCACGCGCUCGCCGUCGACGCCAAGAACCUCUUGGACGUCAUCGACCAGUCGCGGCUGAGGAUGAUGGCCCACUCGCGCCCCCACUAGCCCCCCCCCCCCUUCCCUCCACCACCACCAUGACAGGAGACCAAGCGCCUCUACGGUUUCUGCCUGAGAACUAAAGACUCGUGGACAGCCUACGUGCGUCAGACGUCAGAGAAGAGACAAACAGCAGCUCUUAGGCUGACGGCGUGAACAAUGGCCGCCCUCGGGUUCAGUCACCUUCUUCAACCCUACGUUAACCACUGUGACGUUAUUUAAUAAAAGAUCAGAGCAAAAACACUUCCUGGAGCGGUGAGGAUGACGGGACUGGAUUUCUAAACGGGAACUGAAGGUUUAAUAGAUAUAAAAGCUUAUAAUGAUAUCAAACACUAUCAUGGGAGCCGUUUUUAAGCUUGAGCUGCUGACAUCGGCGGGGCGUGGGGGGACCGUGGUCGGUCAGAAACAUAUCUGUGAAGCGUAACAGGGGGAGCGGACAUCAGCCAGCAGCCAUCUCUGUGUGUUUGCUGAUCCUCGGUGUUGAUCCCUCCAAUCAGCCGACAGACGCCCGGCAGAUCAGACCUCAGAGACGAGCUUCGUACGCACCGACUGGCUUCGCUCUGGGACAGCAGCCUUCAGUCUUCUCCUGCGUUUCCUCUGUCUCACCAGCUUUUAUUUAUAAACUCAAAUUACAGAGGAGACAGAGGGAGGAGCAGGGAUUCAACAUUGGGGACUUUCUGGAGGAACGGCAACCCCCCGUCCUCUCCCGUUUCGUCUCCCUCUCGCUCCUCGCCGGUCUUCCUCCGCUCCUCGCUGAGCGGGUCUUUAAAUGUGAAGAAUUAAAGUGUGUCUGGGCGACACCCGCCGCUGGCACGACACUUUCCGCUUCCCAAUUUACUCUAUUCUUUUUGUUUUUGUUGGCUGGCUCCAUGUUUUUUUUUUUUUUUUUUUUUUUUGGUAAUGUUUUCAGCAGUGAUGGUCUUCAAUCCCAGGAAAGAGGACCUCAACUUAGACUUUGACUAUUUAUGUAAGUAAGGCAUCUACUCCUACGUUGUUCUGGUAUUUACUCCCACUACAGAGAAUCUGGGUUGCACCGUCAUGUUGACCCGUCACCCUUCGGCAGCACAAAACCUGCACUUUGCUGGGCCAAAAAAAAAAAAAAAAAA